CAAUUUAAUCAUUUGACUUUUGUUGACAUUCUUGAUCUUGAAAACAGUAGAUACAACAAUGACUUUAUUGAAUUAAGGCUAUUGGGUAAAGGUGGUUUCGCUAGUGUUUGGCAGGCAAAGAAUAAAUUAGAUGGCAUAGAAUAUGCUAUUAAAAAAAUCAGUUUACGAGGUGAUAAUAUACCAAAAGAUAAAGAAAAACAUACAAAUGUUGUGCGUUAUUACAGUUCUUGGUUGGAACACAUUAACAAUAGACAACGUACUGAAUCUUCUCAAGUUCCUGUAUCUUCGCAAAUGUCUUUUUCUGAUGAGGAUGAAAUUAAAUCUGAAAAUUAUAGUGGAAUUGACUUUAAAUAUGAUAAUUCUAAUAGUGAUAUAUUACCUUCUACCUCUGCCACUGGUGUCAGAGGGCGUUCUUUAAAUCUUGAUAACUCUACAAGUGAUCUUUCAAAAUCUUAUUCUCGAUUUAUUGAAAAAAACAAUUCCGAUUCUUCUGCUUUAGAAAGAGAUUGGGUUCUUUUUAUUCAAAUGCAACUAUGUCAUAGUACUUUGAAAGAUUAUUUAAAACGUAGAGAUGCUAAUUUAUUGGCCUCGAAAAAUGAUCCUUUGAUUUCUGUUGAUCGUCAUGCUAGUAUUGAAUUGUUUCGUGGAAUAGUUCGUGGUGUUGCUUAUAUUCAUGAACAAGGUCUAAUUCAUAGAGAUCUUAAACCCGGAAAUAUUUUCAUUGGCAUGAUUCCUGAUACGAAUCACGAUGAUGAUAUUUGGGUUGCUACUGAUAAUACUUCUUUUAAUGUUGAACGUUUAGUUCCAAAAAUUGGUGAUUUUGGUUUGGUUACUGCUGUGGGUGAUGAUAAUACUGAUUCUUCCAUGAAUAAUUCUAUCAAGUCUGAUUUUUCUUGUGUUAAAAGUUUCAAUUCUAAUAAUCGAACACUUAAUCAUCACAAAUCAAAUUCUUCUUUAUGUUCAAAAUCAAGAACCACUGGUGUUGGUACAGUUACGUAUGCUUCCCCCGAGCAACUUGCAAAACCUGCCAUACCUUAUAAUGAAAAGGCUGACAUAUAUUCGUUAGGCAUAAUUUUCUUUGAACUUCAUUUCCCUUUUUCCACUGGGCAUGAACGUGUUCAGGUUCUAAAAGAUUUAAGACAUGGAAUAUUACCGAAUGGUUUUGUCCAACGAUUUCCGAAAGAGACUGCAUUUAUUUUGUGGAUGAUGGCGGAAGAUCCAGAUAAAAGACCAAAUGCUAAACAAAUAUUGGAUUUUGAAUUAUUAUCUGUUCCCAUUCAUGGCGAACAUGCAGAAUUACAACAUAGACUGGUUGAAAACACACAAAUAAUAGAUCUUAUUACUAAAGAAAAUGAAAUGUUAAAGAAAAAAGUUGAAGAAUUAGAAGGAUUAUUGAAGAAUUGUGAAU